GACUAAUUCAGAUGCUUUUGAAGUGAACAUUUUUACCAGUUCGUACUUUGGGAGUAUAGAGAGCGGACUUGCCGGGAGACACAGAACGCGCUAUGCCUAUGAUGCAAGACGCAGCCACGGAUCCGCGAUAACAUCGCACUCACUCUCCCUGUCUCUUCUUCCUGCGUACCAGCCGCACCUUCUUCUUUUCCUCUCACUAUACGGAUUAUUACACGCAAUACCACCACUUUAUUCUCUCCUGAUUUUCGAGAGAGGUUGUCAUUGCUUUUCGCCUUUCUUGAUGAAUCUGAUAAAUGCAUUACCGACUAAUUUCGUGAGAAUUAGGACAUGAUCACAUCGCCCUCGGUGUCUGCUCUGAGCAAUAGUAGUACUCAUCUUGUCUGGGAGAGCAUCGACUCUCGGAAUAACAUCAACAAGCCUUUUCUUCAUUCCGUUCCCCCAUCGGACCAUCUACGGCAAGCUAACAGAGUCCCCAUCAAGGUUUUGAGAAUGCUUACGGCACGAUCAGGACACAUUUUGCACCCAGAGUAUCUUCAACCGUUACCAUCUACCCCGAUUAGCCCUAUUGAGGUAAGAUUUUUUUUUUUAAACAACUUAAAAUAGCUGAAUGAAUGCGUAAAAGUUUAAUGUUUUUGUUGUUUUGUAACCAUUACUAAUAGAAACGGUUAUCCCGGAAUGUAGCACAGGAAACAGCAUAGAAUAAACUACUUAUUAUAUCGAAGUGGAAAUGUGGGCUAUUCUAUUAUAGAGAGUACUGGUGAAAUACAUUUUUAUAAAUGUAGGAAAUGUUAAUCGUACUCUUAGAGCUCGGCUAUUCUCUCGCGUAAAAGCUGCGCAUUGCGCACUACUCUUUUUUGGGGGGUGGGGGGGUGGAGAAGGGCUCGGACAUUCUGUUUGCUGGAUGCAUUUCGACCAAAAGUCUAAUAUUGUUUGAGACUGUUUUUAUAUUUUUUCACUGCUCAAUUUGUAAAUAUCGGUCUUGUUGUUUUCUCUACAGCUAGAUGCCAAGAAGAGUCCGUUGGCACUGCUGGCGCAGACAUGCUCUCAAAUCGGUAAACCGGACCCACCUCCCUCCUCCAAACUAUCCUCUGUUACAUCAAAUGGAUCUAGUGACAAGGAGUCAAAAUCCGGUCCAUUAAAAAUGAGCGACAUCGGUGUGGAUGACAAAUCUAGCUUCAAACCCUAUUCGAAACCGUCCGAUAAGAAGGACUCGUCCUCGGGCGUUUCGAGUGGAGAGAAGACUGGUUUCCGAGUACCUAGCGCCACCUGUCAGCCGUUCACGCCACGGACAGGCAGCCCCAACUCCAGCACUUCUGCCUCUCCCAUGCCGUCAGAGGGGAAGUGUGGAGACAGGGAGGACAAGAAAGAUUCAGAUUGUAAUAAAAAUGGCACAACGGACGGAUCUGGAACCACUAACAGCCACAGCAGGAUAAGCGUGAGUUGCGGUGGAAUUAACGUGGAGGUGAACCAGCACCAGGAGACAACGCCCGGGUCCAAAGCCCCGUCUUCGGAAUCCUCCUCUGUAACCUCCGUUUCCUCAGCUUCCGGACUGGGGUCAGGACUUGUAGCCCCAGUCUCUCCUUACAAACCGGGUCAGACAGUUUUUCCCCUACCGCCUGCUGGCAUGCACUACCCCGGGAGUUUAGGGGCCUACGCAGGUUAUCCCCAACACUACCUUUCCCACGGCGGGAGCCUGGUUAACGCACAGUUGGCCAGCAUGGGCUGCAGUAAGACCGGAUCCAGCCCGCUGGCUGGGGCCUCCCCACCCUCCAUCAUGUCAGCCAGCCUGUGUAGAGACCCUUACUGCUUAAGUUACCAUUGUGCCAGCCACUUAGCGGGUGCUGCCAGUGCCUCACAGCAGUGCCACGACAACGCGAUGAAAUCCGGGUACCACCACAUGUACCCGACACACCUUUUGCACGGCAUGCACUCCUCUCCGCAGUCGUUCAGUGGACACCCUUUGUAUCCCUAUGGUUUCAUGCUCCCCAACGACCCCCUUCCUCACGUCUGUAACUGGGUGUCGGCGAACGGACCCUGCGACAAGCGUUUCUCCUCUUCCGAGGAGCUGCUGAUCCACCUGCGGACGCACACCGCCUUCACCGGGGCGGAGAAGUUGAUAUCGGGUUACCCUAGUUCCUCAUCGUUAGCUAGUGCUGCGGCUGCCGCUAUGGCGUGCCACAUGCACAUGCCGCAGUCAGGAGGCCCUGGAAGCCCCGGGACACUGACCCUGAGGAGUCCGCAUCACGCGUUGGGACUAAGCAGCCGUUACCAUCCGUACUCCAAGAGCCCCCUGCCUACCGGAGCCCCUGUCCCCGUCCCCGCAGCUACCGGGCCAUACUACUCCCCCUAUGCACUGUACGGCCAGAGACUCACCACAGCAUCAGCGCUGGGAUACCAGUGAAACACACUUGACUUUUGAAAAGUUUAUAGUUAUACAAAUGCAAAUAUAAAGACUUUUAUAUCAACGCUCCAUCUAUGGACAGGAUCCGUGGACUGUAUUUAUUUGUGUCGGUUGAAAGCGGACGAUAAUAGCUACAAAUGGAAGAUAUUGAGAGACUCAAAGUGCAUUAUGUUUAAACUGAACUCUAUAGGUAAAAUGAAAACACAUGGUAGAAUACUAAUAAAAUAGAGGUUUUCAUUUUGAUGUUCAUUUGAAAUUGCUAUGAUUGUAUUGUUCUUAUUUAAUGUCUCAUUGAAAAGAAAAUAAUUGACUUGCAUGUUUGUUUCUUAAAAUCCCAAAUUGUCCACAUUUUAAAUUGCCGUUAUUUUUCAGGUGGUAUUUUUUUUGUAUGUAUUCUGGAAAAAUAAGAAACAAUUCUGUUCCAUAUUUCCGUGUGCCUCCUUUUAUGAUAACAACAAUACCUACAUUUUUAACAUGCUAUUUCAUUAAACAAUUUCUGGUUUCAUUAUGAUUUAAAAUGGACAUUAUGAGAUGUGCUGAUUUGGGAAGUUAAUCUUAUUAACUGGUUGCCUAUACAAAAAACUACACCGUUAUUUACAGAGUAGGC